AUGGAGGCCAAAAGGAUUGAAGUGGCUGCCCUCAUCCGCGCCGGGCACUCCACCAAGGCCAUCAUAGCCUUGGCCAAUGUGAGCAAGGCCACUGUAUGCCUCACCAGGAAUCGUCUGGCAGCUGGAGACGACCUCAAGGACAAGCCCAUGAGUGGAAGGCCAACCAAGGUGACCCCAGAGGCCGUGAUGAAGGCCUUCAAGGCCAAGCCGGACAUGCCCAUGUCCAUGAUGGCCAAGAAGAAAGGCGUGAACACCUCCACAGUGUCCAGGAUGGUCAAGUCCGCUGGAGGAAAGUCCCUGAGGAAAGUUGAACAGCCUGUCCUCAGCAAAGGUCAUCAAGAAGUCCGUGUACAGCGUUGUGGACGCCUUCUGAAUGACCUCAAACAUCACGACGAUCAGGUCAUCUUCUUCUCGGACGAAAAGACCUUCACGGUCAAUCCGGUCUUCAACAAACAAAAUGACCGCAUCAUCUGCUUCAGCAAGGACCAGGCCAGCAUCCGCAACAUGACCAUGACCAAGCAUCCGGCCAGUGAUGGGGCGCCGGCCCACACGGCCAACAAGGUGCAGGCCUGGAUGGCCGAGAACAUGAAGUUUGGCCCAAGGACUUCUGGCCACCCCAGAGCCCCGACCUCAACCCACUGA